UAGGGUUUUUGGCAGGGUUUAUCCAUGGCGCAGGCGAAGAUGGCCAUUCUCCUCAAGCCCUGGCUCGGCGGCUCGCCGCCAUCGCUCCAUUCCACUCCGCCCGGUCGAAUGGCGAAAACAGCAUAUCCCUAUCCCUGGGGUCGCAGGCAGCGGCGAUUCUACUCCGGGCCAGCCGCUCGAGCAGUCGAGGGUGGAUCGUUCCAGGCGAAGUACGCUGAAGCCUUUCCUGGGUCCGUCAAAGUAAAAAAAAUCCGCCCUCCCGACUAUGAUCUAAGAACUGAUGAGCCAUGGAAAAAAUAUCUCGACACCAAACUUAAUAACAACAUGACCAUCGCCGAAUUUAUUGCAAGGUUUGCUCAGGGAAAAUCCGGCCUAAGAACCUAUCGGCACCAGCGAGCUAAGUUGCCAUUGCCAGAGGCAAGAGGAAGGCCGCUUCUACAGUGGCAGGGCCUCGAGAACCGCAAGCCCGAGACACAGAGAAUUGAGCAGCUGCUGCGAGAGUCAGAGGACAAGUUCGUGAUGGUUUUGGGAGCUCCCGGCUGUGGGAAAACACGGUGCAUGUUUGAGCUUCUCUCCAACGAGUACGGAUUCUACUACACGGCGGAGAGCGAAGUUAACCGGGGGUCAGGCGACACAGUCUACUGCCAACGUAUGAUGCAAGUUCUUAUGGACGACGUUUACGACGUUCCAAAGCGGGACGUCAUAGCCGAGCAACACGCACGCGCGUUGCUGCUGGGAAGAAUGCUGGUCCUCGACUAUAUCUUCCGGUUGCGCGUUCCAGGCUUUAAUCCUUACAUCUUUCUCCAGCUCCAGGUGGAAGGACCUCGAAUGACUGGGAUGGAUAUCUUCCGAGAGCUCACGGCAGUAUUGUGCGGGGAAUACGAGAACGACGACAUGACCCGUCAGAUUGACAAAGUCUGGGCACACCUCCAGUACGGGGUUCCCAAGCUCAGAGUCGUGCUCGAAGAAGCUCACGUCCUCUUCCAUUGCCGGCCCAACGUUUUCCCUCUGCGAAAGAGCCACCUGGUUCCCAUCUCCAUUUACUACCCGAUGGUGAAGGCAAUGCUCUUUCCAAGCGAAACUCUCAAGGGACACGAGCUGGUGAUCUGCGGCUCGGGCCUGGAGAUGCUCGAGGACAAGACGAGCCUCCUGGGACCUCUCAAGCAGACUCCAACCGUCAAGUUUGCCGACUUCUCGGUAUGGGAGAACGAGAUGCAACUAAAGGCAUACCUGGACACGUUCAUGCAAGUCACAGUGGAGGAGUGCCGGGCUCUGCUGUGGACCUGGAGCGGAAGGAUGCGGCCGCUGGUCAACUGCGUCGAGGGGCUUCUCGGUGGCCUGGAUCCAAACUCGAAGCCGACGACGUACAAGUCAGUGGAGAACUGCAUCCGGGACUACGAGACUCACGCGCUAGAGAAGAUCGAUGCGAGGCACACCCACGCCUACGUGCUCAAGGAGAUGAGAGUUAUCGACAGGACUACUUACGAUCUGGUGAGGAACGUCUACAGGGCGUUCGCGUGGUGGGGUGACACCUUCCAGGCCAUCACGGUGAAAGAGAUGAAAAUGGUCUACCUCGGCUUCGCUCGCAUGCAAACCAUUCCAGUCGACGACCCGGCCACGGGAGAGUGCCUGGCCGCCCCCGGGGUGAUGGUCUCGGCACAGAUCGACGAGCCGCUCAUCGUCAAAGUCCUCCACAAGCACUUCAGCGCCGACGCGGAGCUGCUCCAGGAGCUCAGAGUCUCGUCGCUCGUCCAAGGCAAAGGCAGGCUGUGGGAGAUGCACCUCUUCGACGACCUGGUGAAGCUCUUCGAUGGCGCCACCCCGCUACACCAGCACGCUCUCUUCAAAGGCGUGGAGCUCCCGGAGAUCUUCCAGCAGCCGGCUAGCAUCGUCAACGCCGAGAAGGCGAGCGGCCCCUGGGUCCAGGCCGGAAGCAUCAACGCGGGGCUGUUGGAGUUCAUGAGCCAGCCGGACGAGUCGAGAGCUCCACUCCUCAUCUGCGAGGGCAUGGCCGGCCCCGACGCAUUCUUCUUCGUGCGCUUCCGUGACGGGCGAACGAUCGGCGCUGGAGUUUACGUGAAGUACAAGCACAGGACGAGAUCUUACGCGGGGGCGAUGCACUGCACGGAUCCAGAGGCGGCCUACACGGCCUGGAGGGGCGAUCCGCCGAGAAAGGACGCUGGGAUCCAGCAGGCCAAGAGGCAGGCGUUCGAGGAGUUCGUGAGAAGCUCGAGCAGCGUUCCAUGGUCGGCUGGAUAUAUCCGGCUCAUGCUAACGUACCCGGCGGCGGAGAGCAGUGGCGAGAACACGAGAGUGGUGUAUCCGGCGAGGGGAGGCCCGCAGCUCGUGGUGGAGGUCUCGGAGAAGAACGCGGCGGAGAUUUUCGGCGAGGAUCAUCGCAAAGUGUUGGACAUGACCAAGCCUGUGCGGCUGCUGGAUGUUCGUCCAGAGCCGGUUAGAGAGGACUUUUGAAGAGUUUUUGUUUAUAGAGCAUACACCCAAAACUACAAAUCAAACAUGAGUGGAUCUACUC